UUUCCUCAUUAGACAGAGCUUGAAUGCAUUUCCUGGUUUGAUGUGACCCGACACAGCAUUCUAAUGAGUAAUCAGCUGCUGUUUGCCGAUCGUAUCGUCAACGUAUUUCCCUGAUGCUUCUUGAGACAGGUGUGGACUACAGCUGGCUCAUGGAAUCGAACCCCAAGAUCUACGAGAUGCCUCAGAUGGAGCGGUUGGAGCUGGAGGAGCUGUGCUACAAAGUGACGGGCCCGGAGUGCACGCAGAUUAUCUCCCUGUUCCGUGACGCGAUGAGCCGCGACCCACGUGUGGAGGACCUGCCCUACAUCAUGAGGUCGUGUGUGAAAAAGACUCUGGACGAGCGACCGAGCCAGGAAUCCCUAGCGGAGUGGGUCGCCAAACGAACGCCCAGUUUGGCAAAUUUCUCCGCGUUAAGACUGAAACCGCCUGGCAAAGUGGUUCCGUCGUCGUCUGCCGAGGCAGAGGAUAUUGAGAUGCAGAGCAACCGAGGGGAGGAGAGGAAGUCACGGGCGAUGAGCAUGCCAAAUUUUUCCGUGAGAGACGAAGGAGCGGCUUAUCCUGUAUGAGAUUUGGAGAAAUCACGAGGAAGGGGCGUAGAAUGUGUACCAUUAUAAGUGCAGUACUCGUAAUCAAAUGAUAAUAGUUUCUCCAUCAUGAAAUGAUGAUAACCCUAUUAACAUCCAAGGAAGAAGUGAAGAUAAAAGACGUCGUGCUAGCUACCACAGAUAAUAGCAUGAUGAAGAGUGAAACAUUCAGGAAGUAAUAGCACACAGGUUAUAUUGAUCACAGCCGCCACCACUUGCCACAACUAGCAGCGAUGCUUCUAUGUCGCAGUCGUCGGGUCGACAGCGUGACAGAAUGAUGCAAGAAGCACAUCCUGCCAUAAUUCUCACGAUCGAGUCAGUGUUGAUGUUUGAGACGCCAACAGCUGUUUCCCAUUGUCUGGUUGUUUUGUGCGUCUGUUUUCCGUGAAGAGAGAAGCUGAGAAACACAAUGGCCGUCCAGUGUAGGGCAAAACCAAGGCACAAGUGCAGAAACAACAGAGAGAAAGAAAAGAAGUAUGGUAACAUAUACAAUUUUCGCAAUGGAAUGAUUCUUUUGUCUACAAAUCAUACUUUCUCUAUUCUUACUGUAUUGUGCUGGCAAAUAACAUAAAACAAAACUGUAUAAAAUGUACUUAAACUUGAGAUGUAAAAAUUGUAAGAUGUAUAUCUGCAUUACCUAUUGUUUCAUAUAGUAUGUCCUUCAGGCCUGCCAACAAGCUUGUAAAGUGAGAAAGGACAUUUUGCCAAUCCCUGUGUCUCUGCAGGAGAAAAUAUACGAGCCAACGGAUAGGCUACAGAACACUGCCAAAUUCUAAGCUAAAUCUGGCUUUCAAGUGGAAAGGCGUACGAAAAAUAAUCUGGCUCCCUUUGAUAUGUGCCUUAUUACAUAUUAUAGCUCUUGGGCUCCGUCCCAAAAUGCACACAAAUAUAAUCUAAACCAUUGAUCUCAAACUCAAACCUCCGGGCAACCGCUGGGGGUAGAGUCUGGGCGAGCCUGGGCAACAUCAAGUAUUGUGCACACAACAAAGGUUUCAAGUGUUUUUG